UGAAAUAGUAAUCAUAGAUGAAGGCUUAAGUUAUGACGCAAAUCAUCCUAUACAUCUCCACGGCAAUGGAAAGAUUAGGCACGUCUACAACUGUCGCAGAAGUAAAAGAAAAAGACGCAAAAGGCCUAAUCAGAAGAAAUUUGGAUAAUCAUCCGUUAAAAGAUACUGUCACAGUACCUGAUGGUGGUUAUACAGUUGUUAGAUUUGGAGCCAAUAAUCCAGGAAAGGAGUAGUUAAAUAUUCCAAACCAAAAAUUUGCAUUUAAAUGAUUGGUAAGAUCCACAUUCUCGCAACAGUUAAGGAGUGAUCUCUCCGGUCACGUCGUGAAUGUAUGACCGACGGGAUGUGAUAACAUGGGGAGUUCGAAGGGUG